UUGCUCCGGCUCCGAAGGGGAACGGAAGAUGGCGGCAGAGGCGGUGCUGUCCGGUGUGCUGGGGCUGCUGCUUCUGGGGCUCCUGUUACCCGCAAGUCUGACCGGCGGCGUCGGGAGCCUGAACUUGGAGGAGCUAAGUGAGAUGCGUUACGGGAUCGAGAUCCUGCCAUUGCCUGUCAUGGGAGGACAGAGCCAAGCUUCGGACGUGGUGAUUGUCUCCUCUAAAUACAAACAGCGCUAUGAAUGUCGCUUGCCAGCUGGGGCUAUUCACUUCCAGCGUGAAAGGGAGGAGGAGGCACCUGCUUACCAAGGGCCUGGGAUCCCUGAGUUGUUGGGUCCAAUGAAAGAUGCUCCCUGCCUGCUGAAGACUAAAGACUGGUGGACAUACGAAUUCUGUUAUGGACGCCACAUCCGGCAGUACCAUAUGGAAGAUUCAGAGAUCAAAGGUGAAGUCCUCUAUCUUGGCUACUACCAAUCGGCCUUCAACUGGGAUGAUGAAACAGCCAAGGCCUCCAAGCAGCAUCGCCUGAAACGCUACCACAGCCAGACCUAUGGCAAUGGGUCCAAGUGUGACCUCAAUGGGAGGCCCCGGGAGGCCGAGGUUCGGUUCCUCUGUGAUGAGGGUGCUGGUAUUUCUGGGGACUACAUUGAUCGUGUGGAUGAGCCCUUGUCCUGCUCUUAUGUGCUGACCAUUCGGACUCCUCGGCUCUGUCCCCACCCUCUUCUGCGGCCUCCACCAAGUGCUGCUCCCCAGGCCAUUCUCUGUCACCCUGCCCUGCAGCCUGAGGAGUACCUAGCCUAUAUUCAGAAGCAAGCUGCAGACUCAAAGCAGUAUGGAGAUAAAAUCAUAGAGGAGCUGCAAGACCUGGGCCCUCCAACAUGGAGUGAAACCAAGCCUGGGCUGGUGCCCCCAAAGAAAGCAGGGGCAAGCUCAUCCAAGGAUAAAGGCAAGGAAUCAGAUUUCUGGAAGAUGCUUCACGAGCCAGAGGACCAAGCUCCUGAAGGGGAGGAGGUGCAGGCUGAGCAGGAGCAGGAGCCAAACCUUGAGGCAGCAGAUGCAGCCCCAGGCUCUCCUGAUGAUUUUCAGAACAAUGUGCAAGUCAAAGUCAUUCGGAGCCCUGCAGAUUUGAUUCGAUUGAUAGAGGAGCUGAAAGGUGGAACGAAGAAGGGGAAGCCAAACGCUGGCCAAGAGCAGCCUGCAGCAGAUGCGGAAACCCCUCUCAGGGAACCAGAGCACAGGGAAGAGGGUGACACGCAGCAUCAGAACGAGGUAGAAGAAGAGGAGGAGGAUGAAGAGGAGGAGGAUGAAGAUGAGGAUGAGCAGCAGUUACUGGGAGAAUUUGAGAGGGAGCUGGAUGGGAUCCUGCUGCCCUCAGACCGAGCCCGGCUGCGGUCGGAGGUGAAGGCUGGCAUGGAGCGGGAGCUGGAGAACAUCGUGCAGGAGACAGAGAAGGAACUGGACCCAGACGGGCUAAAGAAGGAGUCGGAGCGUGAUCGGGCAAUGCUGGCCCUGACAUCCACUCUUAACAAACUCAUCAAGAGGCUGGAGGAAAAACAGAGCCCAGAGCUGCUGAAGAAGCACAAGCAAAGGAGGGUUGUCCCCCAAAAGCCUCCCCCUCCCCCACAACCAGCAGAGGAGGAUCCUGAGCACAGAGUCCGGGUCCGGGUCACCAAGCUCCGUCAUGGAGGCCCCAAUCAGGAUCUGACUGUCCUUGAGAUGAAACGGGAAAACCCACAGCUGAGACAAAUCGAGGGGCUGGUGAAAGAGCUGCUGGAGAGGGAGGGGCUCACGGCAGAAGGGAAGAUUGAGAUCAAAAUCGUCAGACCAGGGACUGAAGGGACUGAGGAGGAUGCUCGCUGGCUGACUGAUGAGGACACCAGAAACCUCAAGGAGAUUUUCUUCAAUAUCUUGGUGCAGGGAGCUGAGGAGGCGCGGAAGGAAAGGCAGCGGCAGCAAGAGCUGGAGGGCAAUUACCGCCGUGUGUGGGGCUCUGCGGGCAGGGAGGGCGCCGGGGACCUGGACGAGUUUGACUUCUGAGCCUCCCUGCCAUUGGCUGGCCAAGGAGUCCAGAGCCUUCCCAGACCGGCCCUGCCUCCUCCCCACGCCCACCCCCCAGCCCGGGGCCUAAAGGCAGAAGAGCAGAGCUGAGCUGUGGACCUGGCACCCCAGGGUCUGGAGGGCCAUGGGCAGAUUCUGCUGCAGCUGCUGAGAGCUGCCCUCCCCACCUUUGUGGGGGAGCUUUGCUCUGCAGGCUUCUCCCCACAUCCCCUUCCUUUCUGUCCCACCCCCCAUCAUGCCCUUUAGCUUGUUGGCUCCUUUCCCCUCCCCACCUAGAGACUAGGUGAGAUCUUGGGAGGGGAGUGGGGCAGGGAGAACAAAAGAGGGGGCAGUUCUGCAGCCCCCACACUGUUCCCUGUCCCCACUCACCUUAUCCCCUCCUCUUGGACUGGCUUGGGAUUCCUGCUCCUUUCCGUUUCUACACUGUCCCCUGUAAUCUGUGCUUCUGAAUUGAGGCUCCUUCACCUCUGUUGCUGAGGAAAUGGCAGAAAGCCACCCCUAACAUAUUCCAGUGAAAAGGGUGGUGUGCGGAACCACCCACCAUGUUCUUGAACAAUCAGGUUUCUAAAUAAAGGACUGGACCAUCA